AUGAUGAAGAUCUCCGCACUUGCCGUCGUUGCCGCAAUCGCUAUCGCCAACGUCUCUGGUGCCGACCAACCUGCUUUGCGCUCAGCGACUAUGCCAGUGGAAACAGCACCUGGUACUUCGAUGACGACUCCUGAUGGAGACAAGAAGGAGCAUUUCUGGGGCGGCGGACCUUGGGGUGGACUUGGCUGGGGUGGAGGAUGGGGCAAUGGGGCUGUUGUGGCGGCCUUGGUUGGGGUGGGGGGCUGGGGCUGGGGCUGGGAAUUUGAAGACAGCGAAGAUGAACAUACAUCGCAACUUGCUUUGACGAGCACAAGUACACCCGAGUUUCAAGAUGACGAAGAUCUCCGCACUUGCCGUCGUUGCCGCAAUUGCUAUCGCCAACGUCUCUGGUGCCGACCAACCUGCUUUGCGCUCAGCGGCUAUGCCAGUGGAAACAGCACCUAG